GAGUCAGAGAUUCUUUUAACAGGUUGUUUUUGUUUCAGUGCCUAUUCAAGAUCUUUCCUUGAUUGAUAUGGUGACACCUGUUACUCUUCCUGUGCCGAUGGAAAUCAACGGAACUGAGUUUGUCUGGGAGUGGACUCCACAUGAUGGCAGGUUUACGAAGGUCCCGCUCGUAACAGUAAAGCAUCCAAAAAGUUAUCCUGGAGCCCAAUAUUCAUGGACAAGGACUUCAAAACACAGUAUUUAUUACAGUAACUUUGACGAUGGGGAAAAUGGAACUUUGAUCAUCAAAUCUAAAUUUGAAAAUGCUGGCCAUUAUACUUUUAAACAAAUCCAACCAAACUCUACUGUUCUGGCGAUGUUUGAAGUCUUUGCUUUCAAAAGUGUUCCAUUUCGGUGGGAUUCCGUCACUCCUGGAGAUGAUGUUACUCGGGCCUGCACCAUCUCAAGACUCCCUGAAUCAAGCAGACUUCAGUGGAAACACAAGGGGAGCCUCAGUGCAGCCACCAAGUGUCACUACAACAACACUGCCGUCAUUAUCAUUCAGAAUGUGGAUGAACUCAGCACAGGGAACUACAGCUGUGAAUUACUAAAAAAAGAAACAUAUCUGCAUGGCUUUUACAAUACGCUGACCCUUACAACAUCUACACUUACCAGCCAGUACACACUGUACCGGGAAAGUGCCAAUAGGAGUGAAGUCCAACUCAUCUACCGAUCCGCAAACAGAGGUAACACAGCUCUAUGGAUCCGGAGCUCAGAGGCUUCUUCCCAGCUCAUUCGCAUUGCUUCAGCUGUAAGAAGUGGACCUGUUGGCAUCCUUGUUGAAGGUGUCGGGCAGCGCAUCAGAUCCCUGGUGACAGUUUACGAUGGGUACCACUUUCCCCUGCACAUCUCGCCUGUAGUGUUUCAAGAUGCUGGAAUAUACACCUGUUAUACUGACACACAUGUCUCUGUGAGCAUAGCCCUAAUCACAGUUCAGGUCUCAGUAGAGCCUCCUGGAGUCCUGGCUAUCGGUGAUGAGGCUAACCUCACCUGCACUGUCUCUGGAGUCCGUGAGAGCAUUCGUCUGGUGUGGCUGAGGGAUGAUGAUGGGACUGUGGUGACAGUUAAAGAGGAGUCCCUGUCUGCCUCAGACUCUGGCAGGAGCCUGGCCCUGUUCAUACCCAGAGUUGGCAAGGAGCAGCUGAAGUGGGCAUGUGCCGUGUUCCAGAAGAGUCUGCCCAGGGCCUACUUCCCAAUACAGAUCAACGCUGAAGAGAUGCAAACGGCUUUUGGGGAUCCUAUAUUAGUCACAGUUGCUUGUGUCUGCCUCGUGCCUCUGAAGAUCUUCAUUACAGCCCUGGUGAUCUGCCUGCUAAUGAAAUAUUUCCCAGGACCUGUGCAAAUAAACCCAUAUGUUGAAACAAGUGUUGCAAGUGCACCCAAAGAGGAAUGCACCAGCAGAAAGGGCUUGGAACUGCAAUCUCCUGCCUCUGCUAUUCCAGCUGCUAGCCCUGACCGCCUCGCCUCACUCCCCUUCCACAAGCGCAUUAUAACAAAAAGGUAUUACAAGUCUACGGAGCCCGGGAGGGGCUAUGGCAAGGGUGGGCACUCCGUACUCAACUGA